AUGACCAACCCAAAGAACAGUCAGACCGUGAAUAGUAAGUUGUCCCGACGUGACUUGACGGUUCCAAAGGACGUCACAUCAACAUGGGACUACUCGCAGCACAAAGACGAAGAAAAGAUUACAUAUGCAGACAUGGAAACGGCUUUGGCGUUUCUGUACGGCCCGAACUUUGAUGGCCAGAUUUUCAAUCCGGCUGUCAACAACAUACGCACUGGUGCGGUGACAAAGCCGCACCACUGCACAGGCGGCGGUGACGUGCGGGGCCACGCCUUGACCCGUCGAUGUUAUUUGCGAGGUCACAUGAUGUACUGUUGCGAUUGGGAGUCGAAAUUGGACGGGAAGCACGUACGGUGCGGCUAUCGUAUGAAGACGAUAUCUGGUGGGUGCGGGAUACACUCGCGGUCUGAAACUAAUACAAAGUUGCUCCGCAUCUUCUCUCAAGAGAUUGAUGAUAUCACAUGGGGAGAUCUGAACUACUCUAACGGAGCAGAGGAUAUCGUUGUCGACGAAAAGCAGGCCCUGGCGGAGCGUGUAGAACAGAUAGGCGAGGACUUUGAGGCCAGGCUGAAGCUGGAUCCGGACAGUAUCAACGACGAGGCUUUUAAGAUCGCGCCCUGGAAGGUCUAUGAAGAUCAAAAGCUCAGUAAGUUGCGCCAGUACAAGGACGAGAAGAGUGGCACGCAGGGCGCAAAGGUAAAGCCGGUGCCGGAUUCAGAAACCUCGAAGUCUGGCAAGAACAAAGGGCUGAACAAACCUAGGCACGGCCAAGGCAAGGAGGCGCAGAUUGCUCCUGUCCUGGAGAACUAG